AAUACAUUGAAGAAAAGUCGCAAUUGUGAUUUGUAUGUUAAUUAUAAGGAUACCAAAAGGUAUUAUACAUUUUACAUCGAUUGUACUAAUUGAAGAAAAAAAAAGUUGCAGAAAUUAUGUCUAUCGUAAAUGUGAUAGGUAAUGAAGCUUGCCGUUUGUUCGAGGGUGGGUAACCCCGUUCUAGCUAGCAGUCCGCGAGUACACCCCGUGAGAGGCGCACGUGUCCUCCCCUCUGAAAUAUGGAGGGAAAACUUUUACAGCCAUCGCGAGCGUAGUUCCAUUUUUGAAUGUUAACUAUUCAACUUUUUUUAAACUCGUGGCUAAUGGACAUUCUGAAAAAGGAAUUUAUAAUGUGAAGUGAACUUUAUGAAAGAGAUACCUUAUCAUGAUAGUGACUUUAAAAUGUGAGGUUGAAUUUUACGAAGAGUACUUUCGAGGAAGCGUAAAAUGAAAGAGCAUGCGUUGCUCCUCAUCGCGCUGGCGGUGCAGGCGGCCAGUACAGGCGACAAGCGGCCCCACUUCGCGGUGGAGCCCCCGCCUCGCCUCCUGUGGCCGGCGACCCGCGGUGCCCACGCUACAUGCAGAGCCACAGGCCACCCAACGCCCGACGUGCAUUGGGUCACGGCGGAAGGACAAGUCGUCACUACGAUACCGGGAUUAAGGCAUGUGCUAGCUGAAGGCAAACUCGUGUUGGGAGCCAGAAGAUCACUCCUAGAUGCUGGCGCAGGUGGUAGCAGUGCCAUCUUGCGAUGCAGAGCGUCAAACCGGGCGGGCACUGUGUUAUCCAGGCCGGUGUUGUUACAACCAGUGGAUGACAACGUCCUUAGCCAUACGAUUCGUCAGCUGGUGCCUGCAAAGUUGGGCAGCUCAGUGGUUUUGAAGUGCGAAGUUUCGCCUCAAAUCGGUGUUGUGGAAAUAGCGUGGCUUCGAGAUGGCCUACCCUUCUCCUCCCGAUUCUCUGGAGCUGAUUCACGGUGGGUUUCCGGUGCGGGGGGAUUAUUGCUCGGCUCAGAUUUAACCCAAGCUGACACGCAAGCCGAAUUCACAUGUGUAGCUUUAGAUGUUCUAAGUGCGCCUUUAAAACUCACAACAGAUGAUAGCAGUUGGUUGGAAAAUAUCGAACUGAAUUCGAUUGAAGCUAAAGUUGGAGACACUAUAGUAUUACCUUGUCUGAUGCGACAUGUUACCGGUCAUUCUGUAAGUUGGCAGCGGCAGGAUGCAACUGGUACCUGGAUAUCAGCAGCCGGCGAAGCAAUGGUCAAAGAUAGAGCCUUAGUCUUCCCUAACGUCAGAGAUCAUCACGCAGCCAAAUAUUCUUGUUCUUCGGGGUCCGAAUCAUCUCAAAGAAUGACUGUUCGAUUGGUGGUGUAUGAGCCGCUUUCAGCCACAGUUAGCCCUAACCCCUUGAUGCUAGGCACAGGAGGAUCAGGUCAUUUAAAUUGCUCGGUGCAAGGUGGCCGCGGUGGUGGAAUUACGCUAAGCUGGCAGCACGAAGGUCGACCGCUUCAUGCUCCUCAGGCACGCCUAUCCCUUGGCCCUGUUAGACCUCACCACGCAGGGCUUUAUCAGUGCACCGCACAUGAUCACUCUGAAACCACUGUCUCGGGCGCUGAUGUUGUCAUAGCUGAUAGGCCUCCCAGAUUGGUUUCAACAUUUAGUGAAGCUGUUGCGAGAAUUGGUCAAAGUAUAGCUUUGAGGUGUGCAGCUACAGGGAUACCAGCCCCCAGACUUCUCUGGACCUUAGAUGAUAGACCGUUGCCAGCUGCUCCUGAUAAAUAUAUUGUAAGUACGCGCGCAGAAUCUUUACCCGGAGGAGAAGAAGGGGCUAUAGUAUCGACACUGAGCGUGACAAUAAGAACAGCCGAUGAAGGCGGUAGAUAUGGGUGUAAUGCAACUAAUUCGAGGGGGUCUCAUGCUCAUCAUGCAAGGCUGAAUGUUUAUGGUCCUCCUAAUAUUAGGUAUUUAGCUACAAUUCAUGUAAAGACUGACACUGAUGUAACUUUAUAUUGCCCUUACUCUGGAUAUCCAAUAAAAGAAGUAGUUUGGCGUCGAGACGAUGGGUCGUUAGUUGAUAUUACAGUAGAGCCAGGUGAUGAAAGAGGAAUUUUAAGACUGAGUUCAGUAAGAAGUUCUUUAGCAGGUAGUUACACUUGUGAAGUUCGGGCUGAAAGUGGAGAACUAGCUAGGCGAUCAGUUCGCAUAGAAGUACACAAACCACCUAAAAUAGCAUCAUUCCACUUCCCGGAGGAGUUAGAAGUAGGCGGCAGUACCCAAGCUACAUGUAGCUUGGUUUCUGGAGAUAAACCAAUCCAGUUUACAUGGCUUAAAGAUAAUUUACCUAUACCCGCAAUUUUAAAGGUGGAGCAAAAAAAUAUGGAUUUUUUCACAAUAAUGAUCAUUCAAGAUCUGCAAUCGGCUCACAGUGGAGAAUAUACAUGCAAAGCAAGUAAUGAUUUUGGUUCAGUUAGCCACAGUGCAUCUUUGACUGUAAAAGAGCCACCGAUGUGGGUAUGGCGUGCACAGAACACUUCAGUAUCUGCGGGAUCAGCGUUGUUAUUGCCAUGUUCUGCUAAAGGGCAACCAUCACCAAGAAUCUCAUGGGAAUAUUCUGCAGAUGGAGAAAAUUGGCGACACAUUUUGUGGGGCCAAUCAGAAGUGACAGAUGCUAGCAGUGGAUCAGUACUCUCUGAUGGUACAGUGUGGCUAAAAACUACCACACCUGAACAUGAGGGUUGGUACCGUUGCACAGCGCGAGUCCAACAUUCAUUUCUUCAUCAUGUAUUUUAUCUAGAUGUAAGAGAGCCUCCGAGAUUAAGCAGAAGUGGUGGAGGUGGUGAAACAAGAUGGGUUGUCAGAGGAUCAACAGCUCGCAUAUCCUGUAUUGUCACAGGCGAACCAGAAAUACAUGUUCACUGGACUCACGAUUCCAGACCUUUAGCACUGCAUGGCACUGGUGGUGUGGAAACAAGGGACAAUGGUAACGGUGGACUUGUGUCCGAAGUAGCGAUAGCCCACGCUGGACCGGAGCACGCUGGUGAAUACAGGUGUCUUGCAAGGAACCUCUAUGGUACCGAUGAACUUCUGUUUCGACUAUUCGUGAAAGAACGUCCAAAUAUUCCGGAAGAAGUGAGGGUAUCAGAGGUAUGGUCUCGCCGAGCUCGAGUCACGUGGAGGAUAGCCAGAGGAGCCCAAGUCUCCCACUAUUCGCUGCAGUAUCGUCCUCUCACUCGAGACCUAACUAACGCCCCGCUGGACGCUCCGCUACCAAAUCUGCUGGACACUUGGGACACACCUGAAGUUCUCAAUCUGACACUGGCUAAUUCGGACCUGCUCCACGUUGCAUCGGAAGGUCCAGGCCGAGCCGGGGCGUCAGUGUCUGGGCUAUCUCCGGAUACUCGAUAUGCACUCCGAUUGGCUGCUUUCAAUGACAUCGGUGCUUCCGCUUACACGGCACCCCUGCACUUCACUACUAGGGAGGAAGCACCUGGAGGAGCUCCUAGGGAAAUCUCAGUUCGCGCACUCAGAGCACGUGAACUACAUGUCACAUGGCAGCCUCCGCCGAGAGAAACUUGGCACGGUACUCUGCUUGGCUACACGAUAAAAUGGUGGGAGGUUUCUGAAGAAGGGAAAGGGAUUGGUGACAGUUCCGGGUCAGAGAGCGGUGCUAGUGCAGAUUCGACUAGCACAACUAUUAGAGGGCUGAAAGCUGCCACGAGAUAUGGAGUAUCUGUGAGAGCAUACAACGCCGCUGGCACCGGCCCUAUGUCGACACCACACUAUCGACACACCUUGGAAUCACCACCAACAGCUGGACCUGAAGGCGUGAAUUGCAUAUCUAGUGGUUCAACCUCUUUGAGGGUGUCAUGGCGACCGCCGAUAUUAGACGCAAGGGGAGGCAUAAUCACUCACUACACAUUACAAUACACGAGGAGAGACGCUGACCCUUUGCUGCCAUCUCAAGAUGCUUAUUUGCGAGUUCAGGGCGUAGAAGCAACAGUGUCUAGACUAACACCGUACGCGGAAUACGAGAUCCGAGUACGGGCACACAACGCGGCGGGCGAUGGGCCAUUAUCCGUACCGCAAGUUUGCAGGACCGACGAAGAUGUACCGAGCGCUCCAGGUGGUAUGAAAUUGAUUGCUCUCAGCGAUCGGUCGUUACGAGCGUCUUGGUUGCCGCCUCCGGAGCCUAAUGGCAAAUUGACGCAUUACACACUUUACGUCAAAGACUUAUCAGGAUCACAAGAACCAAACGCGACAAGAGUAAAUGCGUGUACAGAAAAUGAUGGGAUCUCGGUGGAAUGUAUGAGAACUUUAAGAGGUUUGAGGGCGGGAAGAACUUAUGAAGCAUGGGUGAGAGCUGCUACCUUUGCUGGGGAAGGGCCUCCGUCGCCAGCUGUAGCGUGCCAGACUAGCGGAUUAGCACCAGCCAGAAUAUCGUCCUUUGGUGGAUUGGCAGUCGGUGCUGCUGGCACUUCCAUGUCUUUAAGAUGUGUCGUUGGCGGCACACCACCACCAGCCAAACGAUGGUUAAGAGGUGGAACUCCUUUACAUCCACGUCCACCAUUCCAUCUCGAUGGAGACGCUUUGCUGAUACGAAAUUUAGAUCUCUCUCACGCGGACAACUAUACAUGCCUGGCGGAGAACCCACAUGGAUCCGACUCGGUUACAUGGCGAGUGGUGGUCUUGAGGCCUCCACCACCUCCCACCUUAGCCCUGAUUGAAGCCAGACCAAGGGACCUGGAACUUGAACUGCGUCCGGCUCCGAGGACCCCUGGCCAUGCGAUGCCUAAAGCUUUUACGCUCCACUGGAGACUGACUACGCCAGAGGGAGAAUGGCGUGUACAAUCAGCUAACCUUGGGCCAGUGACAUUGCUCGGACUUCGCUGUGGAUCUUCAUAUAAAGCGUAUGGAACGGCUGGAGGACCACCAGGUCCUGAAAUAGCUGUGCGAACUUCUGGUGGUCCGCCUAUUGCACCACCAGACUCCAGGUGGAUUCGGACGAAUGCAACCCACGCUCGUUUCGACACUAGUGUAUGGAACGAUGGAGGCUGUGCACCAGUUGCCUUAAAGUUGGAGUGGGCUGGCUCAGGAGUGGCUGGUGCUAGAGACGUACCUGUCGGAGGGGAGGUUAUAUUAGGUGGUUUGACACCUGGCUCGAGGUAUCGCGUAGCAGCCCGGGCUACCAACGAAGCCGGUCUAACUCGCGAGGUUUACGAGUUCACCACUUCUCCUGCCGAGGGAGGGCUCGCCGAGGAAGUGGAUGCACCUUUCCCUGCCACAGCCGGGGAAUUGGCCUUGCUGCUAGCGCUUUGUGCAGCGCUAUCUUUGGCUGCUUUGACAAUAUUAGCAAUUCUGCUGAGACGGAAGAGAAGUGACGGUGCUGUGGGCCGAGUGGUCACCAACGCAGAGAAACCAACGUGCGGCACUUAUCGUGCGUCACCACACCAGACUCCAAAACUGCCGCCAGAUCCUCCAGAUGUAUAUGAGAUAAGUCCAUACGCUACAUUCGCUGGCGGACCCGGUGCGAUAUCGGGCGGGUCACGCGCGUACACGCUUCAACUUCGCGCGCUUGCGCGCCAUGACGACGACGCGGCACCCCCGCACCAGCCGUGCUGCGAUGAGGAAACAUGCGUGGACGCAUGCGAUGCACAGCGACGGCGAAGGCGUCGCCGACACUACUGCCCAGAUCAUGGUUGUUCCCAAGAUUCAGGGAGUUGAGAAACAAACUGCGUUUAGUGAAAAAUAUAUAGUCAGUGUAAUUAGCAAAAUCAG